AUGCCAGGCUCCUUCGAGGAAUUCAACAGUGGACCUCAAUCUCCAAAUCCAUACAAUUCCAUGUCAAGAGGUGCUCAUCCAGGUGCAGUGUUAUUAUCACCGCAAUCUUCAUCAUCGAUGAAUAUCUCCGGUAUUAACAGCAAUAUAAAUAAUCCAUUGUUGUCUCCACAACAACAACCUCAUAGCAUCUCUUUUAAUGAUAUAUUGGACCAACAGUCAUUCAUGUUAGAUCCAACGACGGGUCGUUCUACCAUUUCAUCUCCCCCAUUGAGUAUGGCUCAACAACAACUUCCUCAUCAUUCUUCCACCGCAUCUCUGGCAGCAGGUUCUGUUCAGCAAUUAAUAUCCCCGUUAUUACAAUCACCAAGCUCACGUUCCAAUAUUCAUGCAUCAUUCUUAGAUACAUAUGGUAUUCCACAACAACAACAGCAACAACAAUCUACCAAUGAUCAAAUACGUCAUCCACAAUAUAAUUCAACAACAACGGCCACAAAUUUCUCUACUGAUGUUCAUCAAUUGUGUUCCUGGUUAUCCUUAUUGAAUAGUUCCCAACAACAAAAUGUCAUGGAUAAUAUAUUACCGAUUUUAGAUGAAGAAACUUUACAACAUCUUGCAUUAAAGUUAUCCAACUUGCCCAGUACUACCACAACUAAUUUCUCCCAGAAUUCAAGUUUGUCACCUCGUCAAGUACCUUUACUAGCAUCUCCUGUGCCAAACAGGUAUCCUCAAAGUCAACAAUCAAUGAAUAAUUUGGAUUCUGUGUUUUCCUUUGCAGCAACAACAAAGAAUACCAAUACUAACACGAAUAAUAAUAUGAAUAAUAAUAAUAACAUCAUGAUGAGAGAGGUAAACGAUUCGACUUUCCAGCAUCCAUCCGUGUUAUACCCACAAUGGUCUCCACCACCAACAUCGAGUUCCAAACCUAUAUAUGAUUAUAUCAAAGAAUCUCGUCAAAGACCGAAAUCUGCAGAACCUCAUCUUUCCAAUAUUAAUGGUAGUAAUACUACUUCGAAUUCUAAUUCCACCUCGGCUAAUAAUAUUAUGUCAAUGAUGAAAUCUAAGAAUUUCGGCAUGAUGAGAAGAUCACCUACAAAUAGUAAUACCGCUGCCAAAGUUUCCAUUAACAAUAGUGAUGAUGGUAGUAGUAGUUCUAAUUCAGCCUCAAACUCAAAUUACAAUUUAAAUUCAAAUUUUGAUACGCAUUUACAUCCUUUCAAGCAUUCAUCAUUCAAUAAUAAUAAUAGUAAUAAUAAUAACAAUAAUAAUAACACCAAUCAUUAUUCUCAUAGAAGAAUCAGAUCAAACACGGAACAACACUCACUAUUGGAACAUUCAAACAAUCCAAAAGCAAGAGCCACCACGCCACUGAAUUCCAGCACUCAGGAUUUCAACUCACCACCUUCGCAUGGGAAUACUAGCAGUAGUAAUAAUAAUAAUUCAAUGAAUACAAAAAAUUUAACAGAUCCAAAAUUAUUGUUAAAUAUUUCUUCAUGGCUAAAAUCCUUAAGGUUACAUAAAUAUUCUCCCAUCUUGGAAAAUUAUUCUUGGCAAGAUUUAAUUGAAUUAGAUGACCAAACUUUAGAAGAGAAAGGUGUGAGUGCGUUAGGUGCAAGAAGGAAAUUGUUAAAAGCAUUUGCCAUUGUUAAAGAAUGUAAGGAACAAGGAGUGAUAGAUAAAAGAGCAUAUUAG